AUGGAAAAAAGGUGAUCAAUUUAAAAACACUAGUGAUCUAGAUAAAUCUAGAUCAAUCAUAAAUAACAGCAACAGGUAAUACAUAGCAAACAGUUGAUGACAAUAGAUGGCAGUAGAUGGCAAUAGAUGGUUUUUACAGAGUUUCAUCGAUAAAGUAGAGUUCUAAAAUGAUUGACUUUGUAACUAUUAAAAAUAGUCAUUUAUUAUAAUAACUCACGGAGGAUAGAUACCAGUAGUCCGAACGUAAUGUUGAAAGAAUGGUAUCAAUUUAGGGGACAAGAUAUAUUGUCGGUAGGGAGCGCUGCUUUUCACAAAGUACUCGUUUAAAUACUUACGUGGGAAGUCUUGUUGCUAUUGACAGCUCUGAAAAAAAAUAUUUUAAGAAACGUGGAAUUAAUAUUAUUUAAAAACUACACAAAUUUAAUAAUCAAUUAUUUGUUAACAUAAAAUUUUUAAUAUUAUUUUGAGGUUAUUCACUUUUGGUGCUUUGAAUAAAGCCACUUUUCCUAAAUUCUCACUUGCCUUUUUUCGGCCCCUAAGGCAACCAUAAACGGCACAACACUUUCCCAUUUUUUAAUAAAAAUAAUUCUAAAAAAAUAAAUUAAUAUUUUAUAUUUAAUUUACGUGUAGUAAUAAUAAUAAUAGUAUCGGUACGCUCUGAAUACUUGCGCAGCCAGUGGCAAAAAAGAGAACUAUGAUCUGGGUCAAGAAAUGACUACCACAAAAAAUGUGAAAAAUCCUGGUAUCUAUCCUCCGUGAUAACAACCUUGUAUUUUGAUACCAAUGUUUUAAUAAAAAUGUAUUAAGAAGAAUGAUAUAUAAUAAUAACAACAGAUUUUUUUCUACAGUAAAAUGUCAACAAAACUCAGAAAUGUUCAUAUUAUUAAAUAUAUUUUAUAAUAUGAUAGAUUUAAUAUUAUUUUGAGGUUAGCAAAGUUUGUUACUGUCAAGUAAUGAAAAUACGUGUGUUUGAUCUAUUAAAACAUUUAUAAUACUAAGAUAUUUAAUGAUUAUACAUUUGUUUAUCAAAUAUGUAAAAUUUGGAAUAUUACAUGCUAUUGCAUAUUAAGAAAAAGAUCAAUUAAAUAAAUUAAUAACGUGAAAUGGAUAAACUAACAAUUAUUUCGGGAGCCUUAUUUUUGGCAGCUGAUAUGUUUGCAAUUGUUAGUUUGGGAAUGCCUGAUUGGAUUAUAACUGAUGUUGGCGGAGAUACACGAUUAGGCCUUAUGUUAUCUUGUAUGACAUUAUAUAACAGGCCACAAGUUUGUUAUACACCUGAUUUAAAGCCUGAAUGGUUAUUAGCCCUUAUUUUUAUAUUAGUCGGAUGUAUUUUAAUAACAACAACUAUAAUAUUGCUGAUUAGUUCACAUUGGGAUCGUAAUGUAAUUCCAUAUGCACGAUGGGUUGGAUUUAUAGCGAUGGUACUAUUUUGCUUAGCGGCUGUUCUAUUUCCAAUGGGUUUUUACAUUGAUGAAAUUGGAGGACAACCAUAUCAGUUACCAAAUUCACAUCAAGUAGGAAUCUCUUAUAUCCUCUUCGUUCUGGCACUAUGGAUCACAGUUAUUUCUGAACUUUUUGCAGGAAAAGUAUGUUUACCACAUUUUUAAAGUUACUCAAUGAUAUAUUCUAAUUUUUCUAUUUUUCGUAUUAUUUUAUUUUCAAUAUUUAAUAUUAUGUAUCUUAAAUAAGA